AUGUACCGGUGCAUUUUGCUCGCUCUCCUACCACUCAUCACAGCAGGUAACUACACUUUCUACCGUACCGUUUUUACCGUAAUCUCUCCCAUUUUCAGUGCCUGUCGCUGUCAACAUUGACGAUCAAGCAGUGAGUUUCAAAAGCACUACAAUAGUUGCAAAAUAAGAGGAACGUUUUCAGGCAGUAAACCUGGGAUCUUACGACCGAGCACGAUUCGAACUCGUCGAAACGUUCCAUCCUCUGCAGUUGGCUUCCGCAGUUACCAGUGAGUUGAGGGGAAAUACGAUACGAGGGGAGUAGGCUACUAGUUUCCAAAUCAUUCGGGAGUAACUCGAUAUUUUCCUGGACAAGCUAAUUGUGAACAAAUAUUUUUGCGGCUCCCACUAUUUUUCAGAGGUUUCAGAGGUAGAGCUUUGCUGGAAAACGGUAGAGUGAAGUAGGAAAAUGCAGUGACAAAAGUAGAGAAAAAAGAGAGAGAAUGCACAUUUUCAGAUGACCAAAUCGCCGAGGUGAGAGCCAAGGCGGCCGGAGUCAAGCAGAAUGAAGCUGCCAUUUCGAUCGAGUUGCCGACAACACAAAUCUCCGGAAAUUCUGCCAGAAUCCCAGAGAGUAAGCGGCUAAUUGACACACCAAAAAAGGGAAACACACACACACAAAUAGACGGGAGGGGGCGAAUAACAGUUAUAGACGAGGGAGACAGAGAGAUAGAGAGGACAUGUGUUUUAACGAAAUUACUAUCCGGGGACACGCACAGAAGGAACAAAGAAGCAUAAGCAAAGAAGGAAGAAGGAGAAGAAGAAAAAGCGGUGUGGAAUAAUAGGCGGGCACGAAUAUUUGAAAAGAAUAGGAUAGGGCGAGGGGUGGAGGCGUAGUGAAUUACUUAUUGAAAGAGGACACUGGCCUAACUAAGGCCCCAACUCCAACUAGUGAUCCGCCAAUAAAAUGUUUUUGCUCAAACUAAAUCUAGGAGCGGAGAGAAAGAAGCAGAAAAGAUUAGAUGGCCGCAUAGCUUAGCAACGGGGGUGACGAGGCAACGUGAAGAACAGCUGCUGAUAAAUAAACGAUGCAGGAAAGGUUUUUCCUCGUCGAUUUUUCUUUCUGCUCGUGGCAAAUGAGUGGCAACAUCCGGCUGCGCUCAAUCGCAUCAGAAAGUCAAAAUGAUUAUAUUCAAGUUUGGAUUCCCUCGGGGGCUAAGAGUGCUCUGGAGUGUCGCUCGCUAAUUCGUUCAACUUCAAAGAAACCCUUUCUUCAGGAUUGGCGUUCGGCGAGUGGACCGAGUGGACUGCCUGGUCGGUUUGCCAGAACGGAGAGAGAUCCAGAGUGCGCACGUGCGUCUCCAGAAGACCCGCUCUUCGAGUUGUCUGCCACGGAGAUGCCAUCGAGGUGAGCACGCACAAAGACUUCUCACGUCUCAUUCAAAUAUGUGUCUGUUCAGAUUGAGAAGUGCUACGUUAACGCCGGAGAAGGACACACUCGAGUCGCCGCGGAUCCAUGGUCGAUCGAGAGGGAAAUCAGCGGAGACUUUGCCUGA